AUGCCAUCACUUGCAGUGUCAGGCGAAACUGCUGGCAUUGUCGUGGGUGGCGUGUUCGCACUCAUUUUCCUCCUCCUUCUGCUGGCGGUCUGGGUCUACUGCACCAGAAAGACGAAGGCAGAGAAGAAAGAACAUGUGGGCAAGGACGAGCAAGACGUGGAAGCAGGAAAAGCAGGAGCAGAAACUGGUGACAUGGACACAGAGACAGGGGAGGCUGGGACAGCUGAAGAAAUGGCGGCUGCUGCUGUGGCAGCAGCAGCCGUUAGGCAAGAAGAAGCAACAGCAGCGGUGGCGGAGGCACAUCCAGCGGUGUGCCGGCAGUACUCGCUGGCGGAGGUUGGCGGCAGCGACGGCGCAUGGCAGGUGAACGAGAUGGCGACCAAGAAUCACCCGAACCUGGUGCGGCUGCUGGGGUACUGCUUCGACAUGAAUCACACCACGGAGCGCAUCGAGCAGAUUGUCAUCUAUGAGUUCAUGUCCAAUGGCGACCUCGAGCGCUGGAUUGGACCCCGUGUGGGUGAUAUGAACAGGCAUGGGUUAUGUGCACAGGUGGCUCCUCUGGUGGCGGCGGGUGACGUCUCGGCCUUCAAGGAUCCCCUUCUCCAAGCACCAGAUGAUUUGGUGCUCCGCAUGGCCAAGCUUUCCAUCAGCUGCACCGUCAUGCCCACUGCUUCUCGCCCAUCUAUGAACCGGAUACUCACAGAUUUGACUGAGAUGAAGGAUGAGUUCCUUGGGGCCGAGUCUAACCGGAUGGCGGAAAAGAUAGAUCGCGAGCUUGAGUCUUCAUCUGCAGAGAUUGACUUCGCCAAGGAGCUUGCUCGGGCCCAAGGGAUGAACUCUAGCGAUGGGUUGUCCAGUUGCAAGUAG